AUGGGUCUGCUUGCUCUUGGAACUGCAUUGGAAUGGCCCGAAGCCAAGAAGAAGGCCCACCAGGUGCGCCAGUGGGGAAUUGAGCAAUUGUUGGCAAAUUGGCGUCGGGCAAAAGGGAAGGAGCGAGAUGCUCUCCUUUGGGGUGACGAGGUCGAGUACCUUGUUGUGGCUCUCGAUGAUGAGGCUAAAAAAGCUCGACUCUCUUUGGCGCAAGCUGAGAUUCUGAAGUCACUCGCUCGGGACGAAGCCCUCUGGCAGGCUGGAUCGGGUGAUAACAACAGCAAUGGGGAACAUGCUGGCGAGGAGCCUCCGCAUUUCCAUCCCGAGUUCGGACGAUUCAUGCUCGAAGCCACGCCAGGCCAGCCGUGGGGCAUUGGGUUCAAAGACUUGCUGAAAGUUGAAUCCAAUAUGAAAUGGCGACGUGAAGUUGCGAAAGCACAUAUGGCACCUAAUGAAUCACCCAUUACCUUAACAACAUUCCCCCGACUGGGAACGAAAGAUGACUACAUCCAGCCUUAUUAUCCUCCCUCAGGGCCCGCACUUCGCUCGCAGUUCGUUCCCGAUGAGAUUGCAAACCCACAUAUCCGAUUCCCGACGCUGGCCGCCAACAUUCGAUCACGUCGAGGACGUAAGGUGGAACUGAACGUGCCCAUUUUUAAGGACACGAACACCCCAUCUCCAUUCAAAGAUCCUACCGUGGAUUACGACCUGCAUCUCUGGCCGGAAGACGAUGAUGUCCGUAACGGUGCCGCUAAGGACGACCAUGUUUACAUGGACGCCAUGGCUUUCGGAAUGGGUAGCUGCUGUUUGCAGAUCACCUUCCAAGCAAAGAAUAUGACCGAGGGUAGAAAGUUGUAUGAUCAACUUAGUCCACUUGGUCCCAUUCUCCUAGCCCUCACAGCUGCCACCCCCAUUUAUAAGGGAUUCCUUGUGGAUACCGAUGUCCGCUGGAACCAGAUCGGCGGAGCGGUGGAUGAUCGAACACCUGAAGAGCUUGGGGAGGCACCUCUCAAAAAUGAUAGAUGGAGAAUUCCCAAGUCGCGCUAUGCUUCAAACUCGACUUAUCUUUCUCAAGAUCCUCGGCUCCGAAAGGAAUAUUUUGACCCAGAUCUGGUCAUCGACGAGGAUAUUAAGAAGCGCCUGAUGGAUGGAGGCAUGGAUGACCUACUCGCCACACACUUUGCACACCUUUUCAUUCGUGACCCGUUGGUGAUCUUCUCUGAGGAUCUCGAGGAGCUCGACUUGAACAAGGGUGAUCAUUUUGAAAACCUCCAGUCUACCAACUGGCAACACAUGCGCUUCAAGCCCCCUCCAUCAGAGAAGGACGACAUUGGCUGGCGAGUUGAAUUCCGUUCAAUGGAAAUCCAGAUUACCGAUUUCGAAAAUGCGGCGUUCAGCAUCUUCAUUGUUCUCAUUACCCGAGCGAUCUUGAGUUUCGACCUUAAUUUCUAUAUUCCUAUUCAACGCACCACCGAGAACAUGGAGACUGCCCAUGCCCGUAAUGCUGUGCUUGACGAGAAGUUCUAUUUCCGCAAAGAUCCUUUCUCUCGACGACCCCCACGCCCAUCUGCUCAUGCGUCUCCAUACGGCAGCAACUUUUCCUCUGCAACCUCUUCCGCAGUGAACACCCCGCCUCCAUCCCCUCCUCUUAGCCCUGUGGAGGCGGAAUACGAAUUAAUGACUAUUUCUGAUAUCAUUAAUGGUUGCGCUGAUGGUACCUUCCCGGGUCUCAUUCCCCUUGUGGAGUCUUACUUGAACAGCGUCAACGUAGAUGUCGAGACCCGAUGCUUCCUUGCAAGCUACCUUGAUCUCAUCCGCAAACGCGCAGACGGUACUCUCUGGACUGGAGCCCGCUGGAUCCGCGAGUUUGUGGCUAAGCACCCAAGCUACAACCACGACAGUGUUGUGUCCGAGGAAAUCUGCUAUGAUCUUGUCAAGGCAGUUGAGGAGGUGACAAACAAGGAGGGCCGGGAUGGUUCCCUUGGUUGGGAGCUUCUCCGAGGCAAAAAGAAUUAA